AUGAAGUGUGCUGUAGCAAAUUGUAAUAGUGGGAACGAUAACCACACGUGCAACAUUAGCUUUUUUGUUUUUCCGGCAAACAAAGAUUUAAAAAAGAAAUGGAUUAGUUUUUGCCGCCGUGAAAAAAAUUUUAACACAGAAAAUUUUCGUGUAUGUAUGCUGCAUUUCAAACCUGAGGAUAUCGAAAAUGGUUUACAGUAUGGCAUGGGUUUUGUCAAACAUCGAUUUCUUAAAAGAGGCGUAGUUCCAACGAUCAACACUGGUUCGCUUGGAAACAUUGAACUCAGCGCGCAACGGACUUCGAGAAUCAAAAAAAGGGAGAACAAAAAGAUUGUCAAUUCGUUGUUACAGAAAGCUUACGCUGAAGAUACUGCACAACAACAACAGGACGUUGAAGUUGGCAAAGGUAAAGAUGGAAAUAUGGUUUGCUUCAAUGAUUCUGAAACCUGUAUUGAAGAUGUUCAAUCCAAUAGCGGUGCAGAAGAUGAAAAGAGCAAAAGCUUUACCAAGGGUCAAACAGAAAAACUGAAAAACGGAAUGAAAAAAUCAAAUUGGACCGAAGAAGAUAUAACCCAGUCAAUCUCUUUGCACGCUACAAGCGCAAAGCUAUAUAAGCUUUUAUAUAGGAAAAAAUUUCCUCUCCCGGCGGUGCGAACGCCUCAGACGUCGGCUCAAAAAAUGGAAAUCAGUAGAGGAUUAAUACAGCCAGUUUUUAAAGUUUUGUCUGCAUCUACACAUCUUACUGACAAGCAAAAGAUUUGUGUACUCAGUUUUGAUGAGAUGAAAGUCAGAAAGAUCUACUGCUAUGACAGGUCAAGUGACACUACUUUAGCUCCUGUAACCUAUGUACAAGUCGCAAUGCUAUGA